UGGGAUAGGCCGCAGAGGAGCAGCAGCAGCAGCCGAGUGCGUCCUCCGUCGGCCACCUCGAUCCGCUGUCCGCCCGCGGCCUCGCGCGGUAGCCACUGCCAGAGGAUCUCGGCUCCGAUUUGCCUCACUGUGCCCGCCCGCCCGCCCGCCUGCCUGCCCACCGGAGCGCCCGGUCGCUGCCUCUGCCAGCCCCCCGCCGAGCGUGGGAAUUCGAGGCGCGCGAGCGAGCGAGAGUGUGCGAUUUGGGUCGCGAGUUGCCGAAUUCCCCCGCUCUCUCUCUCUCUCUCGCUGCUCCUCCGCUCCUCCGCUCCUCCGCUCGUCCCGGACCCGGCCGUGCUCACGGGGCGGGCCUGCUUCGUUCGGUUGCGCUGCGAGUCGAGAGGCGAGGCGAGGCGAGACGAGACGAAAGGAGCGCACGGAGGAGAGUGUGGUUGCGGAGGUAGAUGUAGGAGUGAGUGAGCAAGAAGGCAGGAAGGAAGGGAGGGAGGAAGAGAGAGGGAGGGAGGGAGAGAGGCAGGAGGGCAGGGCAGGGCAGGGCAGGCAGCUGCGCGGAUUCUCGACAAGUAUGAUUGGUGACUCGCGGACCCUUUGAUCUGUUGUUAGGCUGGAGGACGCGAUGCAUGAAUGAAGGCAUUGUCGCCUUAGAUGGUCAGCUCUCUCGUGAGCGCGAUUGCCUUCGAUUCCGAUCUGCGUCUCCGCUCUUGUGUAGCGCGCGAUGGUCAAAUUUCGCCAGCGGGAGCCAUUUCUUCGAGCGGACCCUCGUCGCGUGCACCGGUUUCAAUGUCAUGAGGAUUGCACAGCGUAGGCGGAUCGUUUGCGCUAUGAGCGGAACAGGAUCAGUGUCGAAUUCGGCCUGUUGCAAAUAUGCUGGAGGCAGGUGAUGGAGGCAGGAGUGGAAAGUGGAGGAACUUGUUGUCGCAAGUAGGUACGUGCGCAUGGUGAGGACUUCUGGCAGUUGGCAGAGUUUCGCAAAAUUGGAGCUGAUGUUGGGCUCGCCGGUGCUCCUGCUCUGGGGGAUACUAUGGUGCAUGAUCUGCGGGGGGCAUUUGAGCCUUGCCUUUGUAGAAGGUCAGGACAGCAGAAUAGAGUCUCUGACGUCUCUCAAGAGACUACGGGAUGGGAUAUGUGAUCAUGGCAUUCAAAAAACAAGGCCACACACGGUCUCUAUUCUCGAGUUUGGUGCAGUCGGCGAUGGCAAGACUCUCAACACUCACGCAUUUGAGAACGCAAUUUUUUACCUCCGUUCAUUUGCCGACAAGGGAGGGGCUCAGCUGUACGUGCCGCCUGGUGAAUGGCUCACCGGAAGCUUCAGUCUUACAAGCCACCUGACCCUGUUCAUUGAUCAAGGAGGAGUCAUUCUUGGAAGUCAGGACAUCACAAAGUGGCCUGUUAUUGAUUCUCUUCCCUCUUAUGGACGGGGACGGGAGCUUCCUGGAGAUCGGCACAUGGCUUUGAUCUACGGAGAGAAUCUGACAGACGUGGUUAUCACAGGUGAGAAUGGAACUGUUGAUGGUCAAGGAUCAGUGUGGUGGGAUCUGCAUCGGAAUGGGUCGUUGGAUAAGACCAGGCCACAUUUGGUUGAGUUUGUAAACUCGAAGGGUAUCUUGUUUUCGAACGUCACAUUUCAGAAUUCGCCUUUCUGGAAUUUGCACCCGGUGUAUUGCAGCAACUUGGUCUUCAAGGACCUGACCAUCUUAGCUCCUCAUAACUCACCGAACACUGACGGCAUUGAUCCAGAUUCCUGCACCAAUGUUUGUAUCAAGGAUUGCUUCAUGAGCGUCGGUGAUGACGCUAUUGCAAUCAAAAGUGGUUGGGACGAAUACGGCAUCUCUUACGGGAAACCAAGUGCCAAUAUCGUUAUUCGAAAUGUGUAUGCCAUCACGCCUACAAGCGCAGGAAUCGCUAUUGGAAGUGAGAUGUCCGGUGGGGUGCAGAAUGUGAGUGUGCAAAAUAUGGUCAUAAAGAAUGCAAGAACUGGUUUUCGCCUAAAGACUGCUGCGGGCAGAGGAGGUUAUGUGAAAAACAUACACUUGAGCCACAUCGUAAUGCAAAAUGUUUCAACGGCUUUCGCAUUUACUGGUGCAUACGGAGACCAUCCAGAUGAUAAAUAUGAUCCUGAAGCUUAUCCAGUCGUCGACAACAUAAUUAUCACGAAUGUAGUCGGUGAUCUCAUCCACGAGGCAGGCUCUUUGUUUGGCAUCAAGGAGGCUCCGUUUCGCAACAUUUGCCUUUCUCAGAUUACCCUCGAUGUCUGCGGUCCGUUCAACUGGAACUGCACGAACGUGGAAGGCGUUUACAAGGAUGUCUAUCCCCAGCCUUGUUCUCAGUUUCUGAAUGACAGCAGACAAGUCGACAUCGUAUGUUCUUCAGUGCAAUCAAGUUAUGAGGAAAAAGAGGAAGACCAGUCGUGGGAAGGCAACGUGAUGGCUCGCAGGAUCAGGACGGAAGAAAGGUCCAGACGCUCUAAACCUCGUGUUUGGUGUACUCGUCCUGAAGGAUAAGGCUUAACAUUACCACGGCAACACUGUUUUAACUUUGAUUGCAUUCUUGCAUCAAAGCUUGAAAUUGUUUGUUUGCAAAGCUUUCAACAUCAACAGAAAUAUGGAAAGUUACUUACCACCAAAUUGUAUAAAUAAAAAAAUAAAUAUUGCAAACCAUAGGACGGAGGCUAAAAAGAAAGUCUGAAUUGUACAACGAAUCAUUCAACUGCUAGAUAUGAAUAGAACAUCUAGCAGUUUGACAUUAAGUUACCCUCAGCAAUCUAUGUCUAACUUAUGGGAAUAUUAAACCAAUUCCCUGGACUAGAACUUCUAUUCGAUAUGUUCGGAAACUCUUAUUCUCUUCCUUGAUUGUCAUUACCAUUAUUGAAGAUAGUUUGACAUCUUAUACAUCUACACAUUAGAUCCCGCCUAUCAUUCCUCACGAUUACAAGCACAUCCUAAGGUCACAUAGCUGCGCUCGUCAGUUUAGCAGCACAUGUCAGAUCACUCGUAGGUAGGACUCGCGCUCACAUGAAACUGUUGUUUGAUGUCCGUCCCAUGAGAACUCUUAUGAAAUCCAGUUUGAUUCUUGCAUAAGUGAGCGCCUUUGGGUUCGUAGUUGACACCGGCGAUGUCCCCUUGCAUGAACUCGA